AUGCCUAAACGAUUACUCCCUCAUCAUCAUUGCGGAGGACAGAAACAAUGUAAGAUCUGUAAGAAAACUGUAGAAACGGAUCAUCAGUGCUACGUUCAACUGAAGCCUGAGAAAAAGAAGAAGAAAGGCAGAGAGACAUUACAGUUUUAUAUUUAUUUCGAUUUCGAAUGUACACAGGAAAACGGCAUCCACGUCCCUAAUUUAUGUGUGGCACACCGCGUAUGUCAACAUUGCGGACACUUACCCAUAGAAGAUCCCUGUCCUCAUUGUCGACACAUGGGACCCCGUCAACACGUGUUUAAAGGGCCAGAUACCUUAAAACACUUCAUGGACUGGUUAUUACAACCCGACACAGGGAAUAAGAAUUCCGCCUUAUUACACGACGAGGCUAUCAUCAUUGCCCACAAUUUAAAAGGAUAUGACGGACAGUUCAUUUUAAAUUACCUGGUACAUUCCGCCUGCAUGAAACCUACAGUCAUCAUGAACAGCAGUAAAAUCUUAUCCAUGCAAAUCUGCGGAUUAAAAUUCAUCGACUCUUAUAAUUUUUUACCUUUUGCUCUGUCUAAAAUGCCCUCUGCUUUCGGAUUCACCGAAUUGAAAAAAGGGUAUUUCCCUCACUUUUUUAAUACAGAACACAACCAGAAUUAUGUGGGCCCUUAUCCACCGGCGGCAUUCUACAAUCCGGACGACAUGUCUAUAAGUGGACGACAGGCUUUUUACCAGUGGUACGAACAACAAGCCAGAAAAGUGUUUAAUUUCCAGAAGGAAUUUUUAGACUAUUGUAUUUCAGACGUCGAUAUUUUACGACGAUGCUGUGCUCAGUUUCGAGCCACUCUCAAGAGCUUGGUCAAUGUAAACCCCUUCCAGGAAUCCAUCACUUUUGCCAGUGCAGCCAAUUUAGCUUACCGUCGAGGAUUCAUGCCCGAAGAUACCAUUGCCAUCAUCCCCAACAUGGGGUAUCAGCCUGCGCGUCAAUAUUCUGCCAAAGCCUGUCGUUGGCUAACCUGGAUGAGUCACCAGAGCGGAUCUCACAUACGACAUGCUAGAAACGGGGGAGAAGUCAAGAUUGGAAGUUAUACUGUAGAUGGAUACCAGGAAGCUACUCGUAUCAUCUACGAAUUUUACGGAUGCUAUUGGCACGGAUGCCCUACUUGCUAUCCGAAUCUACAGACCGAAACUCAUCCUCACCGGACACAAUUUACUUACCAGGAAUUACACGAGGAAACUUUAAGGAGGAAUACGGUCUUAGAGGAAAUGGGGUAUUCCGUACAUAGUAUCUGGGAACACGAUUUCGAUCAACAAGUACAAAGAGAGGUGACAUUACAGAAUUAUGUACGAGACCUGGACAUUCCAGAUCCUUUGAACCCCCGAGAAGCUCUGUACGGAGGCUGGACGAAUGCUACACGCUUGUAUUGUGAGGAGGGGGACGUGAGAUACGUGGACGUCUGUUCCUUAUACCCUUACGUAUUAAAACACAGACUUUUUCCUUUGGGGCAUCCUCAGAUCAUAACAGACCAAUUCCAGGACGUGAGAACUUAUUUCGGUCUCAUUCACUGUGGGGUCUUACCACCCCGAGGCCUUUAUCAUCCCAUUUUACUUUAUCGCACGGGAGGCAAGUUAUUAUUUCCAUUAUGUCGAACGUGUGCGGAACGACAGGACUCUACUUCUAAACAUCGAUGUCAACACACAGACCAGGAACGCAGUCUUACAGGUACUUGGGUGACUACAGAAUUACAUAAAGCCUUAGACAUGGGAUAUACUUUAGAGCGGAUUUACGAGGUUUGGCGUUUUCCAGAAACCAGUAAAGAUUUAUUCAGAUCUUACAUUGAUACCUUCUUAAAGAUCAAACAGGAAGCUUCUGGAUUCCCACCUUAUUGUCAGACGGAGAAACAAAAACUAGAUUACAUUCGUAAAGUAAUAGAAAGAGAAGGAAUUAGAAUUGACCUGUUAAGUAUAGAAAAAAAUCCGGUGCGAAGAACUAUAGCCAAACUCUUUUUAAAUUGCUUGUGGGGAAAAUUCGCUCAACGCCUGUUAUUACCUAAAACUCGAUACUUGAGGAAUUACAGCAACUCUUACAAGAUUCGACCAUUGACAUCAAAGGGCUAUAACUCUUAG